AUGGUGCAGCAGGCGGAGAGCUUGGAAGCGGAGAGCAACCUGCCCCGGGAGGCGCUGGACACGGAGGAGGGCGAAUUCAUGGCUUGCAGCCCGGUGGCCCUGGACGAGAGCGACCCUGACUGGUGCAAGACCGCGUCGGGCCACAUCAAGCGGCCGAUGAACGCGUUCAUGGUGUGGUCCAAGAUCGAGCGCAGGAAGAUCAUGGAACAGUCUCCGGACAUGCACAACGCCGAGAUCUCCAAGAGGCUGGGCAAGCGGUGGAAAAUGCUGAAGGACAGCGAGAAGAUCCCGUUCAUCCGGGAGGCGGAGCGGCUGCGGCUUAAGCACAUGGCCGACUACCCCGACUACAAGUACCGGCCCCGGAAAAAGCCCAAAAUGGACCCCUCGGCCAAGCCCAGCGCGAGCCAGAGCCCGGAGAAGAGCGCAGCGGGCGCGGGCGCGGGCGGCUCCAAGACGUCCAAGGCCUCCAGCAAGAAGUGCGGCAAGCUCAAGGCUCCCGCGGCCGCCGGCGCCAAGGCCGGCGCGGGCAAGGCGGCCCAGCCCGGGGACUGCGGGGGCGCGGGCGGCGGCGGCGGCGGGGGCGGCGCGGGCAAGACGGUCAAGUGCGUGUUUCUGGAGGACGACGACGACGAGGACGAAGACGACGACGAGCUGUCGCUGCGGAUCAAGCAGGAGCCGGAGGACGACGACGAGGAGCCGCCGCACCAGCAGCUCCUGCAGCCGCCCGGCCAGCAGCCGCCGCAGCUGCUGAGACGCUACAACGUCGCCAAAGUGCCCGCCAGCCCCACGCUGAGCAGCGCGGCCGAGUCCCCCGAGGGCGCCAGCCUGUACGACGAGGUGCGGGCCGGCGCGACGUCGGGCUCCGGGGGCGGCAGCCGUCUCUACUACAGCUUCAAGAACAUCACCAAGCAGCACCCGCCGCCGCUGGCGCAGCCCGCGCUGUCGCCCGCGUCGUCGCGCUCGGUGUCCACGUCGUCGUCCGGCAGCAGCGGCAGCAGCAGCAGCAGCAGCAGCGGCAGCAGCGGCGGCGACGACGCCGACGACCUGAUGUUCGACCUGAGCUUGAAUUUCUCCCAAAGCGCGCACAGCGCCGGCGAGCAGCAGCUGGGCGGCGGCGCGGCGGCCGGGAACCUGUCCCUGUCGCUGGUGGAUAAGGAUUUGGAUUCGUUCAGCGAGGGCAGCCUGGGCUCCCACUUCGAGUUCCCCGACUACUGCACGCCCGAGCUGAGCGAGAUGAUCGCGGGAGACUGGCUGGAGGCGAACUUCUCCGACCUGGUGUUCACGUAUUGA